AUGGCGCGGUGGCGGGUUCCGGUGGUGGACGUGCAGAGCGACAACUUCACGGAGCUGUGGCCCUCCAUGGUGCUGGCGCUGCGCACCGCCACCUUCGUCGCCGUGGAUACAGAGCUGAGCGGCCUCGGCGCCAGGAAGUUGCUGCUAAGCCCGUGCAUCGAGGAGCGGUAUAAGGCCGUCUGCAGCGCGGCCAGGACCCGCUCCAUCCUGUCCCUUGGCGUCGCUUGUUUCAAGCAGCUCCCAGAGAAGUCAGAGAACACAUACCUCUGCCAGAUCUACAACCUGACGCUGCUCUGCAUGGAGGAUUACAUCGUCGAGCCCCAGUCGGUGCAGUUCCUGGUGCAGCACGGCUUUGACUUCAACAAGCAGUACUCACAGGGGAUCCCUUACCACAAGGGCAACGACAAGGGCAAUGAGAACCAGAGCCAGAGCGUUCGGACUUUUUUCUUGGAGCUCAUCCGAGCGAAGAAGCCUCUCAUUCUCCACAAUGGCCUGAUUGAUCUGGUCUUCCUCUACCAGUGCUUCUACGCUCACCUCCCGGACAGCCUCGGCACCUUCACUGCUGACCUCUCGGAAAUGUUUCCAGCAGGAAUAUACGACACUAAAUAUGCUUCAGAGUUUGAGACUCGCUUUGUAGCAUCCUACUUGGAGUAUGCUUACAAGAAGUGCAAGCGAGAGAACUGCAAACUGAAGGACUCCAGCAGCCAGCACCUCACGGUUGAGUUCUGCAACUAUCCUGCCAACAUGUCUCAUUACAUCGACUAUCGCCACUGCUCGCUGGAAGAGGAAAGCCACAACGGGGCAGGGGAAACGAAGGUGCCUGUCUGUGAGAAAUUCUCGGCCUAUGGCUGGUGUCCAAAAGGGGUGAAGUGUCCACAGUCUCAUAACAUUGACCUCAUAAUCGAUGAGGAUGACAGGAUUUGGGAGGAGAAGCGGAAGAAACGGAAAAAGAAAUGGAAGUGCCGGAAGAACACAGAAGAGCCUGCAAAGGCAGUUGGACAGGAAGGCUCAGGGAAAGAAAUGGAGCUAGCUCAGAAUGGGGAGGAGGGACCACCACCAAAACAGAACUGCUAUGAGCCUGCAGCUGCUGUGGAGCUGGCAGAGAUCACUCCCAGGAGCGAGGACACACCACUGGAGGAGAACUCUAUGGACAUGGAAUCAGAGAUCAGCUCAGACGCCAGGGCACGCUGGGAAGAGGAUCUGAGCAGCACAGAAGGAACUGCCCAGGUGGCAGCUGCUGUGAGCCCUUCUGCUGUGGGAAAUGCCUCUGACAGUGACCAAGUGGAAGGGAAGUCAGAUGUUCCUGCUCAGGAGGGCUCAGCCAAUCACCCAGACCUCCCUGAGACUGAAGCAGCAUGUGCUGCAGGAAAGGAAGGCCACGAUCCACCUUCACAGGGGGGCACGCACCGAGCUGGCUUUGAUGCAUUCAUGACUGGCUAUGUCAUGGCUUAUGUCUGGAUGCUCCAUAAAGGAAAACACACAGACACUGGUGCAGGGCCCUGGUUGCCAGACUGCCACAAUAAACUGUACCUCAGUGGAAAAUCAGUGCCACUUCAGAUAGUGAAGAGCUUGUUUUCUAAAUCCUCCAAAGCUCACAGCCAGAAGAUGAAGUUGGCCUGGGCCAGUGAGUAG